AUUGUACUCUCCAUAUUUAAGUUUGAGAACUGUGAUACGUUGGUGAGAACAUUGAAGGCAUCUUGAAUAUCCAGAUUUUUCCAUUUAACUUUUCUAAGAGGGUGUGUCAACAGCUGGAAAACGUCACCACAUCUUCGUGAGAGGAACACAUGGCUCAUGACUCUUAACGCUCCGUAUAUUAUAAACAACUUUUUUUUAGUUUCAUGCUACGUAAAAGUGAGAAACGGGAAAUAACUGUUUUGAGUUGCUAUUUUUUUUUACUUUAAUUCAAGGAAAACGAAAACUUCAAACCGCUUGUUUUCUGGCAUUCAAGUUGACCGUCAAAUAACACAAGGGAGACACGCUUGUGUGUUCAUCUUUUGCAAACAGAAAGUGAUAAAGGAGAAACUCCUUGCCUUGGUUCUGCUUCGCUUGAGAAAGACCAUCCCUCUUCUCUCGCUGCUUCCUGUUAGUAGCGCGUUUUCGGUACAACUUCAGCGAUUACAACACAGACCGAACGGUGGACGCACGUUUGACUUUUUCACCAUACAAUACUUCCGAGUUUUUACAGUUAUAAAAUAAUGAAAACACCAAACAACCACAGGUAUGUUGCCGCUAUUGAUCUCAAACAAAAGUGAAAGAGGAAUAUUUAUCCCAGGAGUUUUAGCCAAACAUUUACUUUGGAAAUGGGGACACCUGAUGGUUGCCAUGACAGGAGAACGGUGGAGCCGGGGAGCCCGGUCAUCAGCGCUGUCAUGUUCUCAGCCGGAGUACUCGGGAAUGUACUCGCCUUGAUCCUUUUGGAAAUCCGCAGGAGGAAGCACAAGAGCAGACAGCGGCAAUCCUUGUUCCAUGUGCUGGUCACCGGAUUGAUUGUAACAGACCUCAUGGGAACAUGCUUCAUCAGCCCACUCGUGCUCGCUUCUUACGCUACCAACAGGACUCUGGUCAGUAUGUGGAGAAAUGAGACGGACUUGGAGAAUGGUACCAGCACUGUCUGCAAUUAUUUUAGCUUCAGCAUGACAUUCUUUAGUUUAGCCACUUUGUCUAUUCUCUUCGCCAUGGCUCUGGAGCGCUGUUUAUCCAUAGGCUACCCUUACUUCUACGGACGGCACAUCACGAAACGAUGUGGGUACAUCUCCAUCCCCUUCAUAUACCUCAUCUGUAUCGUGUUUUGUUUACUGCCUUUCAUGAAGUUUGGGAAAUAUGUUCAGUACUGUCCGGGCACCUGGUGUUUUAUUAAUAUGAACCCCGAAAGCCUCCAAGAUAAAGUGUACGCCAUCCUGUACGCCACCCUUAUGCUCCUGCUAGUUAUUUCCAUCGUGACCUGCAACGUGUCUGUCAUUUACCACUUGGUACUAAUGCACCGGAGGCACAAAGUAAACCGCGGAUCCGUAGAGAAGAGGAGCAGAAAGGACAGGAGGUCUCCAUCCAUGACUGAAGAAAUAGAGCAUCUCAUUCUUCUCGUCUUCAUAACCGUGGCUUUCGUCAUUUGCUCCCUGCCUCUGACGAUCCGCGUCUACAUUAACUCUUCUCAGUCGAUAACUGGAAGCCACAGAACUGACUUGAUUGCCCUGCGGUUUUUGUCCAUUAACUCCAUCAUUGACCCUUGGCUUUUCAUCAUCCUGAGUCCCUCAGUGCUGCGGUUCCUGAGGACAGCACUGUGUAGAGGCAAAGCUUGUCAGAGGAGGAACGACACCUUGAAGCCUGGACUAGAGAUGGAAAAACAUAUCCAGCUUUCACUGCACAACACAACAACUACCAACGUGCUUCUCAAGUCCGAGAUCCAUAACCGAGCUUUGAAUUAAAGAUGAGGGUUUUUCCAGCCAUAAUCAAACAAAGGGAUAUACAAAUAUUGUCUCUCUUUCUUGGAGCACUGUAAACCUAUUACAACAAAAUCUAAGAGAGGAACAAAUUCCAUUCAUAAAAUCCAAAACGAGAUAAUGCUUUUUUGUUUAUUAAAGCACUGCUGAGAUUGUUAAAAGAGAUAUUCAUUUUGAAAGAUAAGAUUAGGGACAUAAAAGUCUGGAUUCAAUUGUCAGACAUCCUGUUGUAUGAUUGAACACUAUAUAUCAUACAACCGUAAGGGUUCUUCAAGGACAGUAACUGACAUUUAUCAAACAAUACACAUCUUAGUGCUAAUACUUUAACCAAUUAUUUAUGCAACCUGUACAACUUGAAAAUGUUUGAAAAAUGUUUCAAAUGUGUAUGUCUACUGUGGUGAAACUUCUGUCCUAUGGCUUGCUCUGUAAGGGGGCUCAGUGCAUCGAGCAAACUACAGAAGCGGAUGUCACCUCCCUCUGAAAUCUGAACUGUGUGAGACUCAGCCACAGGCAGUCUUGUGGUCCAGCUAAAUUCUCUGCUGGCUGUCAAGUGACAGUGUGUUGUUCUAGGCUCACUAGUGAUUGUGAUUGGAUCCUGGCAGGGGUGGAGUAGAGGCGCUUUCCCCAUUGGUGUUGUGCUGAAUUCUCCUGUGGUGGAGGACCUGGUCUCCUGGCGUGAUGGUGUUAUCCACUGUCUAGGGAGUGGGAGCCUGUGAGGGAUCAAAUCCUGGCAGGGGCAGGAAGAGCUGCACUUGACACAAUCCCAUUAGUAACAGAGAUAAAAUAACCUCUAAAUUUUGCAUCUACUGUAGCCAAUCUCUUCUCAUUUUCACCCACAAGUCUGUUUUGCUACCACUUGUUUACUGCAAGAGGUUCAGAACAGCAUUCAGAACUGUUUUUUGGAAAUACCAUUGUGUCAGGGCCCCCUAAGAUGCUUAACCAGUAAAAACAGUCACUUAACAGUGGAGGUUGAGCUCUGUAGCCCAGACAUCACUGGCUUGUGCCCUGGCAGGUUAGCUGACAGUGACUGGAUCUCUCCAUCUGGUAGUACACUAUAGACUGAGCAUUCCUAUGGCUGGGUGAGCUCUAGUUUCACACACCAAUAGCCCUUGACAGUUGCUGGGUGCCUGUGAGUUUGCAUUGCCAUCAGUUAGAGAUGCACUGCUCCUUCAGGCAGUGCCAGCUCACCUGUAAGGCAUUGCUGAACAUACAGUGAAACAGUGGGUAUAUCAGACCACAAGAGAAGUGCACAAAUGAGUCUCCCUUCAGUGCCGUUUCAGAGGAUGUCCUGUUUGUUAACAAAAUCUGAUUUCAGAUUAUGUGCUGUGCACUGUUAAUAACAAAGGAAGGUAGCGGUUUGUACUCAGGUGGAAAUAUCCAUUUCACUAGACAGUGAAAGUCCAGGUUUUCAUUCAUGUAUGGUUUCAGUAUGUUACCUUGAGCAGGUUAAUUGCUUAUGGGCUCUCAAAUGGUUUGUGAAUGCCAUUUUAUAAAGUACAUUUAAAGUAAGAGCAAAGGUGGCCUCUUAUAACUGGAGUUAGUUCUAAUAUUACAAUAUUAACUAUGUCAUUGUUGGCCUUUUCAAAGUCCUGGAAUCCAAGGAUGAAUAGAUAAACUCCUACAGAAGAGUUGAAAAUGUAUUACCUCGAAAACACAUGCCAAGUUAGUAAUGUCUAUUCAAUUAAAAAAAAACAGAUAAUACAGUAAUACUUCUGACUUCAUCUCAAACAUGUCAACAAAAGUUGUAAGAAAACUGUCUGUCUGCCCUGCAAUGGACUGGUAUCCUGUCCAGGCUGUACAUGGAUGGAAGAAGAUGGAUGGAUGGCAGAGGAAUAAGAUUAUUUUGCAACAUUCAGGCACAAGGAGCCUUGUGGUCUCUUGGCUUAAGACUUCCUUUAACAAAAUUUCAAAGACACUUGUGAAAGAAGGGUGCAUGUCCAAGAAAUGUUCUGCAAAAUUUAAAAAAUGAGACAAAUUCAGCCCUUAUACUGCAAAACAAGGUGUCGAGUCCAAAACCAACACAGUGACAAAACAAGAUCUAACUGGAGUAAAAUGCAGGUCUGUGCCUCAGAGUUGUAUUUGAGCAUAUGCCUGGAGGAGUCUGAAGAUUCAGGAUUAUUAAGUUUAGAUCAGACCCUUAAGCUUUACUUAAACUUCAGGCAAAUUAUUUUAUUACUUUGUAGUACAUUUUGGACUAGCAACAUUUUCCCCUUUUGUAUUCCCUUUUAGAGUAUUGUCUUUUGAAACGAGAUGACGAGAGUCACUUCUAGAUGCAUACAGUACAUGCCUCCUCGAGGAAGUAUCAGCAGGCUGAAUAUUUUUGGGCUGUGAUUAGGUUAUGUACAGUCAGAGGAUGAAAAAUCCCACCAACAGUAUUUGAUCACAGGCAAGCUGCCAGUACAGUGCACUCUGUUGCAUUGUAGGCUACUGAUUAGCCAGCAACACUGAACCAAUUUUUCACCAAGACUGGAGAUUCCCUGCCUUUUGUGCCACCUGGCACAGUCUGGACAUGAAACUGGAGGAGGCUUUUAUUGGAUGAGCCUGAGUGUGUCUAAUGAAAGUUGCAUAAUACAGACAUUUCCAGCAGGGAUCUGCAGUCACGCACUUUCAAGUGUUGCACAACAAUCAGCCACAGAAAGAUACUCAGUCAAUAGACUUUUUUGUAUUAUUUCAGGUAUGGAUAUGCAAAACACUAUAAAGUCAAAAUAAAACCAGGAUUAACCUCAGAGAUUAGUGCAGCAAGAGUAUUUAUCAUAAAUCAGGAUUGACUAUAAAUGUAUAAAACAAAUAGACGUUACCUUGAAAAACAAACCCUGAUUGAGCAUAGGUGAAUGCAGAUAAGGCAAUACCAACAUCAUAAAUUAAUUCAAAUUUGGCCCAUCUGUGAUGUUUAAUGUGACUUGUAAGUUACAUAUUACUGAUAUAUGCUUAUCAUUAUUUGCACUGAACCUUAGAACAAUGUGAUUCAUCCACGUGUUUGUAUAUUGUUUAUUCUUGGUGUCCUUUGUUGAACUUUUGUGUAAGAAAUUUUAUAAAUUGAAAAUAAGAAAUAAUGUACCAAAUUCAGUUUUUGUUGUUAUAUAUUGAUGUUUCAAUUGAUAACAAAUAUUUUUUUCUUUAAAAAAGUUAAGGUGGAGUUCCACUUUUCAAAGUGAUUAAUUAAAUUAUUUUAGUCUCUAUGUACAGAUUACUUAUUAAAAUCUCAAAGGAACUUUUCAUUGUUUAACAUCACUUCCAAGAAGCUGAUGGAUAUGAAUCUGUUUCUAGAUGGAUACUGUGGUAAUUCAAGAUGCUCAAGAUUAAUGUCUGCUAAAGCUGAAGUAAAAGAAAUAGUAGCCUGGUGCAAAAUCAGUAGAUUGACCUGCAAGGUGUACUCAUAUUUCAAAUAGGUUUUGAAAACUCUGCUUUUAUAAUCAGAUAGAAGCAGCAUUCCUGUAUUGCUGUGUUUGUACAUGCCCAAGCAAGUAUUAUGAACAAAGUUCUGAAAUCUCCUACCGAUAGUAAGCUUAUGAGACAGAUAACAAUUUGUUAUGUCACAUUAUUAAUAAAGCCUUAGAGUAUGAUUAAUGCCACGCAAAACAAAAAAAUCACUACUUUUCAAUUCUCAUUCUAUGUAAACGUGGUGACGUGACAUUUAAUUAUUCAAAUAACAGACAGGAAAUGUAUUGUUUUUAGGACAGCAGUCAUUACCAACUCUGGCCUUUGACUUGAGUCAUCCUUGGAACAAUUAAACUGUUCUUUAUGUUUUAAAUUCAGUCUUUUCAAAUGACCUGAUCUCAAAGCAAGUGCAGAGAGACAAAUGGUUUUGUUUUUAGAAAUAAUUCAUCUCUGAAAUAUAUAUACAAUCUAAAUAAGUAACAGCUUAAUUCCCUUAAAUAAACAUAAAUCUGAAUGCACUUAAAUACUACUGUCUGUGGGAAUUUUGCCUUCAGAUCAAAUGAAAUUUCUUUGUGUAGAAGCUUUACUGCUUCUGUUAUUGUAAGCGUCCCACUGCAGGGAAGAAGUUAUGUUUCACAUGAUUAAAGUCCCUUUGGGGUCACAGGAGAGGAAAGUAACUACCUCCUUUCCCAUAAGUCAUACAGCUGUAUGUUGCUACCCUGUAAUUAAUGGUCAAGAGUGUCUAUUCUGUAAUAAUGUUCUAAAAUGAAUAUUCAUAUAUAUAUAUCUGUUCCAUAAUGAAUGGUCUAGAAUGUUUAUUUAAUAAUUAAUGUUCUAUAAUGAAUGUUCAUAUGCAUCUGUAACAUAAUUAAAGUUCAAGAAUGUCUAUUCUGUAAUCAGUGUUCUAUAAUGAGUGUUCAAAAGCAUCUAUUUCCUAAUUACAGUUCAAUUACAGUGUCUUUAUUAAAUGAAUGUUCAAGUUU